GCAUCUGUGAUUUUCCCGUCCGAAGAUGAAAUCGUGAGAUCCUCGUGUGAUCUUUCGUUGGGUCGCGUCAGUUGCAGUCGUUUCUGGUAGGAGGAGAGAUCGGACUUUUCUUUUCAUUGUUCUUCUAAAAGAAUGCUGGCCAAAUUGGUGGUAUAUUCCAUUCGUACUUACAUGCAUCCAAUCCCGUUGACUGGCUUUUAUCUUCGCAUUGAAUAGAAAGACUUCCACUCACUGUCUUCAUUCUGUACAGACCACACAUAUUUUCGUUCAUACAUUGAAUUCUCCCAUAUUCCAUCUAAUAUACUAUCCCAUCCUCACGCUAUUGUCAUCGUUGUCACCACCACCACCAUGUCGGACAACACAAUUGUGAAAAGCAUCGCAGGAACCUGCAUAACCUUCUCCUUCAUCCUCGCCGGAAAUGCGGUCACCCAAUCCUUCAUGACUGUCCCUGCCCUCCUCGUCGACUUUCCCCAGCCAAGCUCUCCCCUACACGCUCAACGCGCCCGCCUCCUCGGCCGUCAAUGGCCCCUCUGCUGGACCGUCGGCAACCAGUUCUUCCGCCCAAUCUCCACCCUCGGCUUCCUAGGCUACGCCUACGCAGCAUACGCUACCUAUCGCCAGGGCGACCGCGCAGAGCGCGACUGGAGGUUCUAUGCCGCAGCCGCCGCGCUGCAUCUCACGACGAUUCUGCACUCGGCGAUCAACAUGCAGCCGUUGAAUGAUAAGCUCGAGGCGCUCGCUGGGAGGGCCGGGGACAAGGAGCUCGGGGAAGCGGAGGGGAUUGCGAGAAAGUGGGCGAGGUGGAAUUUGCUGAGGUUGGUUACGCCAGUUGUUGCGGGAACUUUGGCGUUGUUUCAGCAGAGUAUUUAAAUGAUGGCAGGGUGUGAUGGUUGUGUGUAUGGGGAGGUUUAAUGUGGAUGGCGUUUUGUGCAGCAGGAACUGUGAGGGUGGAGUGUAGCAAUCGUUGAUAUAUUCAAAAUUGAAAUUAUU